UUAUAUGACGUAUGAAUGCGCUUCAACCAACCUUCUCUGACAUCAUCCAAAAUGGCAGCCACCAUUGGAAGACUCCUCAGGACGUCUGCAAGAGCUGCGGCAGCCUGCCAAAAUGGAGGGUCUGCAGCUGGACGCAUUAUAUCUACUCCUGCAACCCAGCGGGCCUGCUUCUCAAGCAGCUCUUGCAGGUGGAUCGCUGCUGUCACCCAACCUGCUCCAACUUUCAAAGCAACAGCGGUCUACAAUGGGGACUUCAAGGAGAUGAGCCUCGCUGAUUUCAAGGGGAAAUACUUAGUCCUCUUCUUCUACCCACUGGAUUUCACCUUUGUGUGCCCUACUGAGAUCAUUUCCUUCAGCGACAAGGCCAGUGAGUUCCAUGACAUCAACUGUGAGGUAGUGGGUGCGUCUGUAGACUCACACUUCACACACCUGGCAUGGACCAACAUCGCUCGCAAGGCUGGAGGCUUGGGCAACAUUCACAUUCCUCUGCUGUCUGACCUCAACAAGCAGAUUUCGAGAGACUAUGGUGUGCUGCUGGAGGGCCCAGGCAUAGCCCUAAGGGGCCUGUUUAUAAUCGAUCCAAACGGUAUAGUGAAGCACAUGAGUGUCAACGACCUGCCAGUGGGUCGUAGUGUUGAAGAGACACUUCGUCUUGUGAAAGCUUUCCAGUUCGUGGAAACCCACGGCGAGGUGUGUCCAGCCAGCUGGACGCCCAAGUCACCAACAAUCAAGCCAACCCCUGAAGGAUCUAAAGAGUACUUUGACAAAGUUAACUGAUUGGAAAGCACUAUAAAUCCAUAGAUUGAAAGUUCAUUUAAUUUGAUGCACGAAAACAGGUAAAUAAAACAUAAAUGGAAAUAGUGUUAAUGAGCUACACCUAUUGGUCUGUUUUAUGUACUAAGACAAAAGGCUUAAGCUCACACACCAAGCCCUGUACAUGUUUAUUUCCUCUUUUUACAACAAGUUAAUAUGCAGAUUCAUUGGUACACAACAUGAGGUGCCAAAAUCAACUUCAUUGGGGAAGAACUAUUAAUGAAAAGGCAGGACAAGUGGAGAAGGUACUGUAUUUACAUAUAAUCUGGGAGGGAAAUAACGACUUAGAAAGACUCUUGUCGUGUGUGGUUACGAAAACAUCUAGUCAAGUGUUCUUGAUCUUUGUACAAUAUGUCUGUUCAGAAAUUCACACAGGACGUUGCACAUUUGCAACAUAGUGAGGGAAAUGGCUUACAAGAUGUUGAGUCUUUUUUAAAGCUUUAAAUAAAAUACAAAUCAAUAGGGGAUAAAAUACAAAUCAAUAGGAGAGUCUGAGCAGGCCAGCCAGCCUCCACAAUGUAUCCUUACAUUGUGAGCCUGAUGCCCCCAGCCAAUGAACUUGAUUAGUUGAUGGUUCGGUGAAAACGUCAUGCAAUUUCAGGCAAGAUGAGACCGUGCCACCAGCCCCGCCACAAGCACCAAACAAAACAUACCUUUUGUUUUUUUUAGCUGAUUCAUUAUCAUUAAAAAAAAAUACACCCUGUAGUAAAUCUGUACAACGAAAAUACAUUUGGGAUCUACAGCUAAAGGUACAUUUAAGGUUAUAUACACACCCCCAAUACAUAUAUUAUCUUUACAUGUAGACUUCAUUCAAACCCAAACAUUAAGAAAACAAGACUAAACCCAGGUAAAUAGGAUCACAUCAAAUGUCCAUUUAAAAGUCUGCCGAUCUGGUCCUGGUUCUGGACUGCACAGUACAGCAGGACUUAAUUUUAACUAGAUGGAUCGCUACUUUAACGAGAAAAUUUUGAACCGCCAAAGUGGGGGAUUGACUCAAGUUACAUACUUUAUUUGCAGUGGAAAUAAAUGGGAACAAAGUACUGCACUCUGUACUAACGUUACUGUGAGCUGACUUCAAAGAUAUAAAAUAGAAAUCAAGUCAAACUCAAGCCAACUCCCCAGUAUUCUGACACAAUAGAACAAACAUACUUAGGCCUCUUCACUGAAGAGAGCUGCACUAUCCAUCCAUCCACAAACAUGUAUGUCGUCUGGUCUCAGGUGGGACUGGGUUGGAAGAGAAGCCAUGUAAGCCUUAUACAUUUGCCCCCAACGUUCCUUUAUGUGAAAGCGGCUAUUAAUAAAAACAGAACUUUUGCGUCUGUUCACUUUGGUGCUGCAGAGUUGGAAUUCAUUCAGAAAAUGGAAAACUACAUUGUACAAAGUGAGAUUCUCGCAAUCUUUGCAAGAAAAAAAAACC